AUGACCCAUGGGCGCAGCUUCUUUCACAUUGUAGCAAGUCUAAUCAUCCUACAUUUGUCUGGGGCAACCAAAAAAGGAACAGAAAAGCAAACUGUUUCCGAAGGACAGAGACCAGUGCAGUGUGGAACUUGGACAAAAUAUGCAGAAGGAGGCAUCUUCACUUCUCCAAAUUACCCCAACAAGUAUCCUCCGGACAGAGAGUGUGUCUACAUUAUAGAAGCUGCUCCUAGGCAAUGCAUUGAACUACACUUUGAUGAAAAAUAUUCCAUAGAGCCUUCUUGGGAGUGUAAAUUUGACCACAUAGAAGUACGAGAUGGACCUUUUGGCUUUUCCCCAAUCCUUGGACGUUUCUGUGGACAGCAAAAUCCACCUAUGAUAAAAUCCAGUGGCAGAUUCCUGUGGAUUAAAUUUUUUGCUGAUGCUGAACUGGAAUCUAUUGGGUUUUCUGCUCGGUAUAAUUUUACACCUGAUCCAGAUUUUAAGGACCUUGGCGUUUUGAAGCCAUUGCCAGUUUGUGAGUUUGAGAUGGGAGGACCUGAAGGAAUUGUGGAAUCUGUACAAAUUGUUAAAGAAGGAAAAGCUUCUGAAACUGAAGCAGUAGACUGUAAAUGGUACAUCCGAGCACCACCCCGAUCCAAGAUCUAUUUGCGAUUUUUGGACUACGAGAUGCAGAAUUCCAAUGAAUGCAAAAGGAAUUUCGUAGCAGUGUAUGAUGGAAGCAGCUCGGUGGAGGAUUUGAAGGCAAAGUUUUGCAGCACAGUUGCAAAUGAUGUGAUGCUGAGGACAGGCCUGGGUGUGAUCCGCAUGUGGGCAGACGAAGGCAGUCGGAACAGCCGAUUCCAGAUGCUCUUCACAUCUUUCCAAGAACCCCCUUGUGAAGCCAACACAUUCUUUUGCCACAGUAAUAUGUGUAUAAAUAAUACACUGGUCUGCAAUGGACUCCAGAACUGUGUGUAUCCCUGGGAUGAAAACCACUGCAAAGAAAAGAGAAAAGCAAACCUAUUGGAUCAACUUACCAAUACCAGUGGGACUAUAAUUGGGGUGACUUCUUGCAUUGUGAUCAUCCUCAUUGUUAUCUCUAUUAUAGUACAGAUCAAGCAGCCUCGUAAAAAAUUUGUCCAAAGGAAAGCAGACUUUGAUCAAACAGUAUUCCAGGAGGUGUUUGAGCCUCCUCAUUAUGAGUUAUGCACCCUUAGAGGGACAGGGACUACAGCUGACCUUGCUGACGUUGCAGAUGACUUUGAAAAUUAUCAUAAACUGCGGAGAUCCUCUUCAAAAUGCAUUCAUGACCAUCACUGUGGAUCACAAGUGUCUAGUAUUAAGGGCAGCCGUAGUAACCUCAGCACAAGAGAUGCUUCUGUCUUGACAGAAAUACAACCCCAGCCUGUAAAACCACUUGUUCAGCCCAUGAACAGGAGAAAUAUCCUUGUCAUGAAGCAUAGCUACUCACAAGAUGCUGCUGAUGCGUGCGAGAUAGACGAAAUUGAAGAGGUGCCAACCACAAGUCACAGGCUGUCCAGACAUGAUAAAGCUGUUCAGCGGUUCUGCCUCAUUGGGUCUCUAAGCAAACAUGAGUCUGAGUACAACACAACUAGGGUCUAAGAGAAAAACCUGAGACUGCUUGAGAAUAGUGCGCUCCUGGGUGAUUUUGAACAUGCUACAAUGAAAUGGGAAACUAUCGUCCUUGGAAACACCAGCUAGAGGUUUUAUGGACUCUGACCAGCUAUUCUCUUAUCAUGAAAAUAUUCAGCAG